AACGAGACGAAGCAAAAAGAGGCAGAGAGUAGAAGCUUCUGAAAGUAUUCUUGCAACGGUUCUUAUUCAAGCCACCAAGUCCGUCAGCCUUUUCUUGACGUCACCCUACCCUCCAAAAUACAACAUUUUUUUUUCCUUCUCCAAUUCGGAGUUUCCGAUCCGAAUAUCUUCUCCAUCCUCUUCUUCGUCUCUUCUCCUCUCUCUUCAGCUUUUAGCUAGGAGCCGUUCAUCAUGUCUACUUUCUACAUCGAGAACAAAAAUGUCGGCAACCAGGCCGACUCAGAAGAUUGGCGCAUUCGUGGCUACAACCCUUUAACCGCUCCCGAUCUGCUACAGCACGAGAUUCCGCAGACGGUCGAGUCCAAAAAGACAGUCCUUGAUGGCCGCAAUGAGGCCGUAGCGAUUGUCAAUGGCAAAGACCCGAAGCACCGACUGCUCAUUGUCGUGGGCCCUUGCUCGAUCCAUGAUCCUGCGGCUGCCCUCGCUUACUGCGAUCUGCUCCUCCAGGCCAAGGAGAAGCACAAGGAUGAGCUGCUCAUCGUGAUGCGCUCGUACCUCGAGAAGCCUCGCACAACAGUCGGCUGGAAGGGUCUGAUCAACGACCCGGAUAUCGACGGUAGCUUCAAGAUUAACAAGGGAUUGAGGUUGUCACGCCAGCUCUUCGUCGAUCUGACGAGCAAGGGCAUGCCUAUUGCCAGCGAGAUGCUGGAUACAAUCUCUCCCCAGUUCUUGGCUGAUCUUCUCAGUGUUGGUGCCAUUGGUGCGCGCACAACAGAGAGCCAGCUGCACCGUGAGCUGGCAAGUGGUCUGAGUUUCCCCGUUGGUUUCAAGAACGGCACCGAUGGCUCGCUGGGUGUCGCUAUUGACGCCAUAGGCGCCGUCAAGCACCCUCACCACUUCCUCUCUGUCACUAAGCCCGGUGUCGUCGCCAUUGUUGGCACCACCGGUAAUGAUGACUGCUUCGUCAUCCUGCGUGGUGGUACCAAGGGUACUAACUACGAUGCUGAGAGCAUCGCCGAGGCCAAGGCUGCUCUGGACAAGAAGGGAGCCCCUCCCAGGUUGAUGGUCGACUGCAGCCACGGCAACUCACUAAAGAACCACAAGAACCAGCCCAAGGUUGCCAACGUCGUCGCCGAGCAGGUUGCCAAGGGCGAGACUGCCAUCAUGGGUCUCAUGAUUGAGAGCAACAUUGGCGAGGGUAACCAAAAGGUGCCAGAGGAGGGCAAGUCUGGUCUCCAGUAUGGCGUCAGUAUCACAGAUGCCUGCAUUCACUGGGCAGAUACUGAAGUGGUGCUCGACACUUUGGCCGAUGCCGUGAAGCAGAGACGGAAGGUUUUGGGAGUCAGCAUCUAAGUAUGGCAGACUUUUUUGCAAUCUCCAUACCUCUUGUCCCUUCAUGGACAUGCAACAGUUUAUCAGGCCAGUUGAUUGCUUGCCGCAGCGCGUGUGAGGGUUUGCUGGGUUUCUGCGGGUUAGAUGCACUAAAUUCUUUUUCCUUUUUUUAUAUAUGUGGCUUGAGGGAGAGCCAGGCAUGGGUUGCGUUGAAUACGUCCCUUGGUGUAUAUACGCAUAACAAAAGUUUCAGGGUGUCUCUUUUUAGAACACCAGAGUCAAUUCAAAUGCUAGCAGAUGGAGGAUUUGCCGAAAAUAUGUAUAUGAGAGAAAUGGAUCAAAAUUGAAUAAGGCGAGUGAAAAGUCCCUCG